GACCGCCACUGCAUGCACAUACCACACUCAUCGAUAGGACACCCACACAAGAACAAACACACACCAGCAGAAGAAGCUUUUCUUCCAAGGAGCUAGCGAGCGGCGAGGAUGCAGACGGCGAAGGUGAAGGUGAAGGACGCGGUGAGCUCGGCCAAGGAGAAGGCCAAGGAAGGCACGGCCAAGGCGCAGGGCAAGACGGGCAAGGCCACGGCGACCACGCACGGCGAGAAGGAGAUGGCCAAGGAGGAGACGCGGGCCAACAAGGCCCAGGCCAAGGCCGAGAUGCACCAGGAGAAGGCGGAGCACCGCGCCGACGCCGCCGCGGGGCGCCACGGCACGGCGCACACCGGCCCGCACGGCCACCAUCGCCCGGCGGCCGCCGCGCCCGCCGACCCCGCGUACACGGGCACCGGCGCGGGCGCGUACCCGACCACGGACAAGUACGUCUAGACGUUGAGAUGAUCCGGGGAUCAGAAGGAGCUAGCAGAUCAAGUAGUGUUUUUUGUUGUUGUGGCUAGUGAUCCUGCCCGUCUGCCGUAGUUGGCGCGCGCGUGUAUGCUGUGCGCAUAUGCGUGUGCCGGAAUAAAAUGUAUCGGUCAGUUGUAAAAUGCACCUUUUAUUAUGUUGUAGUUUGUGACUUUCGAGUAUUUACAA